AUGGGCGACUUUAACUAUGACCCUGUGGACGGGGUUGGCGAUGUCGCCAUCAUUGCGGCUGCGAGGACUGUCCCCCAAGAUCGCUACAACGUAGACGCGUUCCAUCAUCCAGCAAGCGAGAAGCUCAACACACUCAGCACGCGCAAUGGACAUUUCCUCGACGAAGAUGUCGCGGCGUUUGAUGCGCCGUUUUUCAGUAUCACAGCGCAAGAAGCCACCGCGAUGGAUCCUACCGCUCGCCUCCUUCUAGAGGUGACUUACGAGGCGAUGGAAGCUGCUGGGCUUCCUAUGGAGAGCCUUGUAGGAAGUCAGACCAGCUGCCAUGUAGGUUGUUUUACACGUGACUAUCAUGAAAUGUUGAUGCGUGAUGCGGAGACAGCCCCGAUGUAUGCUGGCACGGGAACGGGGUUUUCGUUGCUGGCAAACCGUAUUUCUUGGUUUUAUGACUUGCGCGGCGCGAGUAUGACACUCGAUACAGCUUGCUCAUCUAGCUUGGUUGGUUUGCAUUUUGCCUGUCAAGGCUUACGAAACGGUGAAGCUACCACGGCCAUAGUGUGCGGCUCCAACUUGAUUCUCAGCCCGGAUCUAGCCAUGUGGCUGGCGAAUCUGCGUAUGACAUCAACCGAUGGCCUCUCACGUUCCUUUGCCGAGGGGGUCACGGGCUAUGGCCGCGGGGAGGGCAUUGCAACACUUAUACUGAAGCCGGCAAGAGAUGCCCUCCGAGACGGGGAUCCGAUCAGAGCCAUCAUCCGUGGCACAGGUGCAAACCAGGAUGGUCAUACCACGGGAAUUACUGUUCCAAGUCGUGAGGCCCAGGCUGACCUGAUUCGCUCUACCUACCUUUCUGCGGGCCUGGAUGUUGGCCAGACUGCAUACUUUGAGGCACAUGGUACAGGUACAGCAGUAGGCGACCCACUCGAGUUGGGAGCUGUGGCACAGGCUAUAAGUAUCAAACGGACCGCGGGAAGCCCACUAUAUGUUGGGUCGGUGAAGUCCAAUAUCGGCCACCUAGAGGGCGCCGCCGGACUUGCAGGGAUGAUCAAGUGCAUCCUGAUGAUGGAACAUGGUGCUAUCGCCCCUAACAUCCAUUUUGAGGAGCCAAACAAGCGCAUCCCAUUCGCUGACUGGCAUAUUGCUGUGCCAACUGAACUCACACCUUGGCCACGUCAUCAGCCUAAGCGGGUGAGCAUCAACUCAUUUGGCUAUGGUGGGACUAACGCCCAUGUCAUCCUCGAUCAUCCCGAAGAGUGGAUGGCUGCCAGAGGGCUAGGUCCACUGAAAGUCAACGAAGGCCAGGAUGUGAACCCUAAGCUUUUUGUCCUCAGUGCCCCAGCUGAAUCGGCGUUGUACCGGAUGAUGGACCGUAGCGGGAACUUCAUUCGGACAAAGCUUGCUCAGAAUAUGCCGAUCCCCUUCGACCAGCUAGCAUUCACAUUAAGUGAUCGCCGGUCCAAAUUUCAGUGGAAAGCCUUUUCAGUUGCUAGUAGCACCAAUGAGCUCGCAGAAAGUCUGUCUCCAGCUGUUCAGCAGAAGCAGCAGCAGCAACCUGUCCACGCGCCACAGCGCGCUCGCCUAACGUUCGUCUUUACGGGACAGGGUGCUCAGUACGCUCAAAUGGGCAUUGAACUUUGGAAAUACCCGGUCUUCCGCGCGAGUAUUGAGGCAGCAGACCUGUAUCUUGGGACCGAACUGGGAAGUGGGUGGUCUGUAGUGGCAGAGUUGACGGCGAAUGAAACAGCUUCGCAGAUCAACCAAGCCCAUCUCAGCCAGCCGCUCUGCACCGUGCUCCAGAUUGCUUUGAUCGACCUCCUGCGCUCAUGGGAGGUAACUCCCGAUUCGGUGGUGGGCCAUUCCAGUGGCGAGAUCGCGGCUGCGUAUUGCUACGGCGCUCUCACUCGAGAAGACGCUUGGAGAGUUGCUUACUAUCGCGGACAGGUCUGUGCCUCAUUGAUGUGUGAUUUGGGCCCAGGUGCAGGAGCUAUGAUGGCCGUUGGUCUCUCUGUAGAGACUGUGCAGGAGCAUAUACGCAGUGUCCAGAACGGCACCAUCGUUGUUGCCUGCAUUAACUCACCGGCCUCGGUCACCAUAUCUGGUGAUGCUGCCGGCAUCGAUGAGCUGCAGCACAUCUUGAGUUCUACCGGGGUAUUUUGUCGCCGGCUGAAAGUGGAUUUGGCCUACCACUCGCAUCAUAUGCAGCGCGUGGCUGAGCUCUAUGUGAAGCACAUUGCAGACAUAAGCCCCGUUGCUACCACCAGUUCUGUCCAAAUGUUCUCAAGUGUGGCUGGAAAGCAGAUCAGUUCAGAUCAGCUUGGCCCGGCCUACUGGAUCCAGAAUUUGGUGUCACCAGUACUCUUCCUCGAUGCCGUAUCGACACUAUUACAAAAUGAUCCAUCUCGACGGCGCCGGCGCCCUCGUCAUGGCGAGUCAGCGGUGGAUAUGAUGCUCGAAAUUGGACCACACGCUGCUCUGCGGGGUCCGCUGCGUCAAAUCUUGCAGCACCACGAUCUCUCUCGGGUUUCCUAUGCCUCUGUCUUGAAACGGGGCGAGGAUGCAAUCCGGUCUGCUAUCUUAGCCGCUGGCGAGUUGUACAUUCACGGAGUGGCCGUUUGCGUUCACGCUGUGAACCGGCAGGCAUCCUCCUUAACACCGCUGAUCAACUGGCCCUCGUAUCCAUGGGAUCAUUCACGUCGGUACUGGGCCGAGUCUCGUCUAAGUCGCAACUACAGACUGCGGCAAUUUGGCCGCCAUGAUCUGCUCGGAGCACCAGCUGCGGAUGCCAGCUCGACACAGCCACGCUGGCGGAAUAUUCUGCGUGUUCAAGAGCAACCUUGGCUACGAGAUCACGUUGUAGAUGGGCUAAUCCUAUAUCCCGCUGCGGGUAUCUUUGCAAUGGUUAUCGAGGCUAUUCUUCAGCUUAUGACCGCAGAUCAGGAUGUGGCAAGUAUACAUAUCGAGCAAACGCGGAUUACCAAAGCUAUCGUUGUUCCAGACGAUGCAACUGGAAUUGAAGUAGUGCUUCAACUUAUUCGCAAUAGUCAAAUGGAAACCUCUGGUUCCCAGCUUCAAGAAGAUUGUUGGCAAUUCGACGUGAUGAGCUGUUCGGAUGGCCUUUCAUUAGAGCAGAACAGCUCAGGUCGUGUGCGAGUGCGAUAUAAUACAGAGACAAGAGACGGUUUUACCAAUAGAACAACUGGAAAGCAGCUGCUAUGGCAGACUGUCCGAGAGGACUCUGCUGACAUUGCCGAGCAAUGCACGAGAACUAUAGAGCCAGUCACAUUCUACAAAGCCACUCACACAGCUGGUCUCCAAUAUGGUCCUCUGUUCCAGGGGCUCAAAGAGAUCACAGCCGGGGUAGACUGCUGCACCAGUGUGGUUCAAGUUCCCGACACACAGGCGUCAAUGCCUGCUGGUGCCCAGAGUCCGCACCUGGUUCAUCCUACCACGUUAGACGUGAUAUUCCAUUCCAUGUUCGCGGCCUUGGGUGGUAACCAUCUAGACAUGUCGAGCGCGGCUGUACCCAUUGCACUUGACGGUCUCAUCAUCUAUCCGAAUCUGUCUUCUGCGGCGGGUUCGACUGUCAAAACACGUUGUCGUGCCCGGCGCGAGGGAGAGCGAGACCUUGUGGCAGAUAUUUGGGUCACAGACGAGCAUGAUGAGCCCAAGGUUAUCAUCAAUAACUUGCGGUGUCGAGAGCUUACGGGUAUCAAUGGAGCCGCAAGCUCCUCGUCCGCACCAGUCAAGGCACCUAUAGGAACACUGUUGUGGAAGCCUGAUCUUGCGUGGCUGGAUGAAACACAGAUGCAGAGAUAUGUGGCCGGCCACAGCAAAAAUGGAACUGAAAUCGGGAAAAUUGUCGAUCUUGCAGCUCACAAGAAUCCGGAUCUCACUAUCAUGCAAGUCGGUUAUUCAGACACGCUCAUCGAGUCGUUGCUCUCUGCGUUGGGAACCAGUCCUGGCAAAACAACACGCUGCUCCAGCUAUACAGUUCUCGACGUAGAUCCCGAGAAAGUCAUGAUGGGCAAAGAUCUGUUCCAAAAAUGGGCAGAUACCGUCUCAUUCGGCAGCCUCGAUUGGGAUACUGCAGAUUGGACGGAGAAAUCCGUAGAUGUGGCCAUUGUGUGCAGUGAUGCAAUCACCAGCGAGCAAGUCCAACGCGUACAGGAUUGUGUCCGCCCUGGAGGGCAUUCAAUCUUGCAGAUCGAUCCAGAGCAAGGAGACUCCAUAUUGAACACUGGGUUCAAUAUCUCGCCAAAUUCGGCCUGGUAUAUCGAUGGAAAAGCACCAACUUCAGUCUCUUGGGAAAAUCAGACAGUCGUUCUGAUCGAGCCGGCACAUGCUUCAUCACGAUUGAUGGAGAUAUCUGCUCAACUUUCGCUUCAACUCACUGCCCAUGGACUACGCCCAGAAACCGCCCGCUGGUCUACGGAUCUCGCUGACCUCCGAGGAGCGAUGCUGAUAUCCUUGAUGGAACUAGAUUCUCCAUUCCUGCAAGACCUCUGUGCUGAUGACUUUGCAGCUCUUCAAACACUCAUGCUUCAUAGCAAGCGCGUGCUUUGGGUGGCUAUGGGAAAGGAUCCAGCAAUGCAAGCAGCAGUGGGCUACCUAAGGGUCCUCCAGAACGAAAACGUGGAUCUCGAUCUAAGAUACCUAUUGCUGAACAAUGAAGGAGACGCGGCUCGUUCUCCAGAAAAUAUUGCGCAGACUGUGGCAGCAAUGGCCAGCUCGCCAACGACUGACCGAGAGUAUAUGGAGCUCGAGGGAUGUAUCCAAAUCAACCGAUGGGUAGAUGAAGAUGAUCUUUCUAGCAUCAUGGCGGCAGAUGGCACCUCUUCUAUGUCAGACUUGAUACGCGUGGGCGAUGCGAGGGUCCCGCUGCGGCUCGAGGGUUCUAUCUACUCAGCCGUUAAGGAUCGCAUUGGAGAUUGUUUAGCUGACGACGAAGUCAAUGUCCAGGUGAUGGCCAUGGAUAUACAUCAUGCUGGAGUAGCCGCAAUCGGAUUUAGUGGUGUGGUCACUGAAGUUGGCAACAGCUGCUCACGCCGGAAACCCGGUGACCAUGUCUGGACCUAUGUCCCUCUAACAUCUCCACAGACACAAAUCCGGGUUCAAGAGUCCUGGUGUCAAGUCAUUCCUGAAAGUACAUCCUUUGAAGAAGCAGCCGUCUGGGCGAUCUCAUUUGGUACUGCGUAUACGGCCUUGAUUGAAAUCGCGCAGCUGCAAGCCGGUAAAGCAAUUCUCAUUCAAGCCGGAGCAAGUUCUGUGGGUCAAUUCGCGAUUCAAAUCGCCCAGCGUCUGACACCGGAAAUCUUCAUCGUGACUGUCCGCAGCGAGGAGGAGCGCCUUCAGAUGGAAGCUCUGGGGAUCGACUCGAAGCAUAUUGUUGAGGAAAGCGAUCCAGAUCUUGAGCUAGCCAUUUCUCACCUGUGCAACGGAACCGGGUUGAACAUGGUAUUACACCAGGCCGCAGAGCGUACAUUACUUCCGCUCAUUUGGCGCUGUAUGGCCGCUGGAGGUGUCCUCGUGGACCUUGAUGCCGAGAGCGUGACUGUGAAUGGCCACGCGGACAAUGGACCAAUGCUAUCUAUUGCCCCGUUCCGUCGAGGAGCUACAUACACUUCCUACAACGCUGGAAAGCUGCUUCGCGAUGAUCCAGCUCGUGCUUUGGAAAUCCUGAAGCAGGUGUCUAGGGUUCAGCACAAUCUAAGCUUCCGGCUACCACCGUCCAGACGUGUGUGGCCUUCAUCAAAGUCCAUCGAAGCCAUUCAAUGUGCACAAACACCUGCCCGUGAAGGCAGCGCAAUUAUCACGUUUGACUUGGAUGGCCACAUCCCCGUCACACCAGAACUUGCAAACCCACUGAUCCUCAACGGAGAUGCUACGUACCUCCUGGCAGGUGGCACAGGAGGGCUAGGGGCGAACUUAGCGAAAUUCCUCGCCCGCAAGGGUGCCAAAAAUCUUGCCAUCGUAUCUCGAUCUGGCUCAUCCGCCGCAAGUGCCAUCUCAGUCACUCGUGAUUUGACGUCGAUGGGCGUGCAGGUCCGAUUCUACGCAGCAGAUAUAUCGGACGAGGCAGCCAUGCAACAUGUGUUAGGACAAUGUGCCAGCGAAAUGCCACCCAUCCGCGGCGUUCUGCAAUGUGCCGCCGUCCUCGAAGACUCGAUCUACCAUAACAUGACACAUGCGCAAUGGCGGACUGCCACUCGGCCUAAGAUGCACGGCUCGAUGAUUCUGCAUCGGCUGUUGCUGCAGUGCGAGCUGCAAUUCUUCGUCAUGCUCAGCUCGAUCGCUGGUGUGGUUGGUAACCGGAGCCAAGCCAAUUAUGCAGCGGGCAAUACUUUCCAGGAUGCACUCGCUCACUACCGACGCAGCCAGGGUCUUCCGGCCGUUAGUAUCGACCUCGGCUUGAUGUUGGGUAUCGGUCUCAUCGCUGAACGCGGUGGCGCAACGAACUUGAAGAAAUGGGAGGCAGUGGGAAUUCGCGAGGCGGAGUUUCACGCUCUGCUGACAGCGGCGAUGACGGGGACAUGGAGUGGCUCAACGGUGCCUACGCAGGUCAUUUCAGGUCUCCCCACGGGAGGUAUUCUCGAAUCCGAGGGUCUGGAACGGCCGUUCUAUUUCGACGACCCGCGAUUUGCGUACUUGAAGAAGAAAGACCUCGACCAGACAAGAGCAAUGACGGUGACCGGUGGACAAAAAGGUAGUACCAUAGUGGCAUUGGUGUCACAGCUGGAUAAAGUGCAAUCAAAACGCGAGGCCGCUGAUCUCAUUGUUGAAUGCUUGAAACAGCGACUUGCUCGGGAGUUGCAGACUCCAGUUGAGAACAUUGAUGCCAGCCAGCCCUUGCACAGCUACGGUAUUGACUCCUUGCUCGCUGUGGAGAUUCGUACAUGGAUCUUGGUGAAUUUGCAAGCAGAACUAGGUCUGUUUGAUGUUUUGGGUGGUGGCAGUAUUCAAGCUCCCGCAGGUCGCAUUGCUGGUAUUUCUAAGGCUGUUCCCAGUGAUUUAUAG